AUGAGUGGUGAGAGUCGCGACCCUGUUAAGAGUGCUGAAGGAGCAGAAGCGACGGACUCACACAAGGAAAGUACCUCCCCACUAGGAAAAGAUGGUAACCUUCCUAACCUGAACUCGCGACGGCCUGGAGCACGUCAUUCUUCGCAUUACGAACCAAAUCUCAAAUCGAUUUAUCGCUGCUGCGACUUCACUCGCCCCUAUGCAUUGAAAGAGGAUACUGUUGCUUAUUUAAAGAGAGGUGAAGUAUGUCUAGCUCAUGUCCAUAAGAUAGACCGGAAGAAACUCGAUGUCUCUCUAUACAAGGGCUUGAUUUCUUGUCAAACACUAGAGCUCGAAACCAUACCUUCAUGUCGGCGAAUCCGCCGCCUCGUAGAAGAGGUUCUUGUAGUAGACAGAGGAUUCUCUAUAGGGGAAACUGUGAUCAAAUUCGAAAACGAACAUAUUGGGAAUCCAGAGUACGAGGAUCUGUGCAUGCCACGGCCCGAUGCUCUCAUUGGACAAGUUAUAAAUGUUGAGGUUCGUGGUGACCUCUUAGUGGUUCCAUCAAAAAACCUCAUUGUGAAAGACGUACUUUUAGGGAACAAUGAAUAUACAGAAAUGGUUAACUACAAUUCUGCUCAUAAUUAUGUGAUGUACAAGGACUGGAUAGGGAAUGCUAGCGAUUGUAUAAAUGAUGUUACUUUGUUGUAUCGCGGGCGACACAGAUUCGUCGUCAAGGAAGGUGGACGUUCAGGUGUCUUCCUUUGUCGCCAGGAACGCUCCGAUGAAUCCAAGGCUCUGGUUCCUGGUGAACGUGUGUCUAUCGCUAUCAGUGAUGCACUUGGACGAUCUGCCUUCUGGGAGCAAAAACCACCUAGAACACUCACCUGCUCACGAAGACGACGAGCCGCAGAAGGCAUCAAAUGUGUUAUCGAGAAGAUUGAAACCAACUCUCUCCUAGUAGAUUGGAUCAUGUCGCCGUCAUCCACUAUCAAGCCACCGAAAGUAAUUCCAAAAAGUGAGAUUCCGAAAGUGUCUCGUAUUGAUCCAUCUGCAAAUCCGCGACCGAGUACUUGUGAUCGCAUCAAAAUAUUAGUCGAUGAUUCUUCCACGGUUGUGACUCUUAGGGAGUAUUUUGCUGAUUUGACGGAACAAUACGGAAGCUUGUUCAGAAAGUUACUUGCUAAAAGCGAUGAAUCGGCUCGUCCUCAAUGUGACAGUUGUUCAAUUCCAUAUCAAAAGGAACACGAGCAAAGCUCACCUACAGCGAAAGCUGCGAAAAUUGCCCGCUUGAGUGAUGAUACUACACCACAACAGGGUAAGGAGAGCGUUUCUGUCUCAGCACACAGCGUGGCCGAAUGUGAAAAGAUGGAGUCGAAAGAAGAAGUUGCCAACGAUGAAGAAGUCUGGGAGUCAUCAGAAGAAAGUAGCGAUGAAGACCGAACACCUUCGAAAUGUGGUAGAUCAAGGGUUGCUGUAUGCCGCAGCGUCGUUCGACAGAAGCGCAUGCGUAAAUGUCCGGCCCGACGGCGAAGAUGUACGCCUGCACUGCCGAUGGAGGCAUCUCGUUUGGCAAGGGAUAUACUAGGCAAUCAAUUCGUUGGAGAAGUUUUGAUGUCACAUUCACUGGUGGAUGUGCAGUGGAUGAAUGGUACAAUCGAAGAAAAGAUUCCUGGUUAUCUGCUAAUCCCGCAUGAUCCUGACCUCGAUCAACAAGACCAUUUGCCAGGAGUUAUUGUAGCGCGCAAAGAUGCAAAAAAUGCCGAGACCGUGUUCGGACUAAUUUUGUCCACAAACAGCGCGGAACGAUCUUGUAAUAUCUCAUGGUUUGAAAGGACAGAAGACGGAGUGAAAGAGCUUGGCGAGGAAGAAUGUAUACUGUUCGACAUAAUGGCGCAUCCUAAUUACAAGCGCUUAUUUGUCGGAAACUAUGGAGUAAGCAUCCACCAUCCCUCCAAUGAUAUGCGUGACAUAGCUUUCCAAGUUGUUGCUGAUCUUAAAAAUGGAAAACAGCUCGUGCGAUUUUUGAAUGGUACGCAAGAGGAACUUUGGCCAUUUGACAUUCUGCCCAUUAAUUUCGUCGAUGAGUCGUUGGAUAGUGAUAGUGAGGAAGAUGAUGUGAGCACAACUGAAGGAGACUUGUCCAGAGAUUCCACUGUGACUUCUGCGAUCUUAAUGGAGGCUACGAAUAUACUCCGUCGCCUUGGACUUUAUAGUUGCAAGGAUCACCAGGUGGCAGACUUGGCUGAAAUAGCUAAUGUUGUCGCCCGUUUCAUGAAGAAUUCCCCUGAACUAGAGGAUUUUCUCAAAGAUUGUAAUCCCGACGACAUCGAAGCAAAAAACACAAAAAUUCUUUUUGCAGGAGUCGUAUUAGAGGCUACUGGUAAGCAAAGCACAUCAUACGUCAAAUCGCUUCUGCGAUUUGCUGAUGUAAUGAUCGCCGUUUAUCGUUCUCGCGCUCUUCCGGAUAACUUUGACAUUCAGCUUCUCUCAUGUUUUGUGGAAGACUGCGAGCGACGAGAAGCAUGUAUAGGAGAUCUUCCUCUACCUGAAGAUGACAUGAUACCCCUUCUGCUAGAAGCGUGA